CUAAAUUUCUGCCGCUUUCAAACCAUGGUCCAUGGGAGUGACAACCUAGUGUUUCCUGCGGAGCGCAUGGCCAUUAGGGAGUUUGGAUGUAAGGCGCUAGAAAAUCUACGUGCGAUUUGUUAUCUGUUUGUAGAGAUUGUGGUCUGGGACUUGUUUGCUAGCUUGAACGCCUCUUCUUUCAGAGACGAUGCGCUGGUGGCUAUUUUGGAGUCGCUGAAUUGGUUGGUGGCUUCCAAGUUUGCGAUCGAGAUGAAUAUCGCGAUUCCAGGGAGUGUGCUCGCGCAUUGGGACAUCUGACAUUUGCUCCAAUUGUGAGGGAGAGGGCAAUUGCAAGAGAGCUGCAUCCCUACAUCAUGAAAUAUUUUCUAUUGUCAUCUGUUGCAUCUGAAAAAGUAAUAAAUACAUCUUUGACAAUGCCGCAACGUCACGUAUUGUCUCAUAUAUCAAACGGGAGAAUUAUCGGAACGUCUUAUCACUGAGAAUCAUAGAGUAUCAUCCUCCGUCUUCUCUCGUAGCAACUUGUCACACCAACGUUCUCUUUCGCUCUU